UGUAUUUUAUGCUGAUAAUAUUCUUCUGUAGCGUGUAGGCAGAUAAUUUAAUGGUUUUCUUUAACUGGUUUGUAGCUUCAUGUAUAAGCGCGCUUUGUUUUUGAGAAAGUGAAGUCUCGUGACCAUGGACAAAAUAACCCAUGCUGUAGGUGAUGUUCAGUCUAGGCUGUUGGACCACAAGCCCAUCAUUCAGGGUGAGAUCAGAUACUUUGUACAGGAGUUUGAGGAAAAACGAGGCUUUAGGGAGUGCCGUCUGCUAGAAAACAUUAACAAGAUGGUUGCUGAAGCCAACGAACAAGCAAUGCAAAGAUGCACCGAGACCAUGCAGGAGAAUUUAUUUGAUGCGAUCACACGCCUGGAAGCUGUAAAUCAUAUGACGCAGAGAAUCCAGCAGAGGGAACUAGAAGCCCAGCAGGGCUCCCUUCUACAGGAGAAUAAGGAAAGGUGUAAGGAGGACUGGGAAAAGUUCUUAAAGGAGCAGAACAGGCUAAAGGAGGAGGUGGAUGAGGAGCAUCUUAAAGCUGUGAGCAGACUAAGUACUCAGUACAGUGAGAUGAAGAAAGACCUUUCAAACCUUUCUCAUAUUUGACUUCUUUUGUUCCUGGACUGUUUUUUCUUGUUUAUUUAUGUUGUACAGGGAAACAUGUUAAGUUUCCUGCCAAAGUCUGAUUAAAAAAGUAGUGCAAUCAAUAAGGCUUAAUAAUUACCAAAGGUAGGUGUUAAUGGAUGGUACUCAGUGUCUUAUCAUUGUUGUAAUACAUUUUUUAAACCACAAAUAGCAGCCAAUUUCAGCGCUUCAGUUUUUUACUUGGUAGUUUUAUUAGUGAGCCUCUGUACAGUAGACAUUUCCCUAAUGCCACUACUAAAUUAUAUUACUUAUACACAAAUAAUUUGUACAAGGAUUAAAACUUUGCUCUUUAAUACUAGACUUUAAUUAAUGUUCUUUAAGGUGCCCAGGUGGCGCAGCGGGAUAUUCCGCUAGCACACCAGCGUCGCCGGUCGGCUGGGCGCCAUCUAGCAGGCAUAAUUGGCAGUCCCUGCAGGGCAGGAUGACAGGACUAUGUGGGUGGGGUCUUCAAUCGCUGUGUAAGGACCCUGAUUAGCAGAUAGAGAGGUGCCUGUGCAGAAUGCAUGGGUGAAAAAGGGUUUCGUUAAGGGCUGCGCGCGAGUCAGAGGAGGUGUGAGCAGCAAUAUACCCACCUCGACUGCAAUCGGGGAUCCCCCAGCAGCGGAAGACAAAUUGACUACACUAAAUUGGGAGAAAAUGCAUAAAA